AAUAAGCCGAAAAUGAAAGCGGAGUGGUCGAAAGCGUUUAUUAUACGGCCGCGGGACAAUCUACAGUCUCAUGUCUACAUAAAACAGAAGAAAUUUGUGCCCUCAUACGAGAAUGACCCUUGCCCUGUACCGAUGAACUGGCUGAUGGGUUGGGAGUACGCGCGCAUCUGGUUGCGCGAGCGUGAUGAUUAUAUUUGCGAGCGUCUGCGCAAAUCCAAAGCAAAACGAAUUAAAAACGACUAUACAGGAUGGCUAGCAAAACGGCAAAUUAAACCUAAAAAAGUUAGCUAACCAAGCAUUCUAAUGGAUCGAUCCCACUGGAAUCUAAUAUAUUUUGUUUGUAGAACCUUAAGACUGCUUUCCUAAACUGAUGCAUUUCACAAAUCUUUACUAACUAUUCCGUUUCGUACA